GAGAAAUACUUUGAUUGUACCUGAUUGGCUAAUCUGUAUUAGGAAGAAAAAAUAGGAACUCAAUAAAAAGAUGCGCAGAAACGUCUUUAGCAAAAUACGACGGAGGAUCAUCUUUAAAGAGUUAACAGGCAAGUUUCAAACGAAAUGACCAUGCAGUUAUUUGGUGCAUUAAUUCUGGCAGGAAUGUUGUGCUCUUCACUUUGUCAGGAGGACAGUCUCUUUAUAGCCGAGUCGCAUAAAAAGGGAAAUGAGAAGAUUUUAAUUAUUAAAGACAAGACUACUGGCAAAAAAGUCACGGAAAUAGAUGUCUUUGAUAAUGAGGGAUAUCAACUUGGAAAACCUGUAGACGAAAACAUCUGUCUCGUCUCACCAUUUGUCGAUAAGGACGAUGAUCCUCCACAUUGUUUCAAACGUAUACCUGCUAUAGACAUGCAAGACAAAAUACCAGCCGACCUCACAGAAUGUAAAAACCGUGACAUUGUCUUCGUAAAACCGACAGAAUGUCUUAAGCCUGACAUGGACCAUGAGAGUGAAUCAGAAAACGGACUCAGACAAAAAAGGGCUUUUAGGUGUGCAGACACUGAGUUCACUUUUUGUGCAUUGUGGGGACUGAAAUGUGUGAGACGUGGAUGGUUGAAUGCUUGUGUAGAAUUAAAGUCCCAUUGUGUACGCCACGGAAUCAUUCGCGGUCAUAUAAAUUGCCAUUUCAAGUGAAAGAUACUUACUUAAACAACCACAGCUGACAUCUAAUAAAAACGAUUUUUGCAAGUACUUACCUGUAUAGAUUAUAACUUCGUUUUCUUUUGUUUUAUAUCAGCUCAUUUUGCAUAUAAUUGUCUGUUUAAGUGUAACAGACGCCGCAGUUUUCAUGGUUUGCUUUUUGUUUUCAUUCAAGACUUGUUAGAACUUUUAUUCAAUUGCAUUUGGAUAAUCGAAAUGGAUUUUUGUUUUGAAAUAUAUUUUAUCAAAAAAGCAAAAGUCACUUUUAAAUAUUAUCUCUUUCAGAAUCAUUAUUAUAGGCUAUGUAUCUAUCUAUAUAAAAUAUUCAAAGAAUUGUUGUUGUUUUUCCCCUUUGUAGCAUUACACUGAAUAUGCUUUAAAAGAUAUACCCGUUCUAUGCUCAAAUUUGAUGUUAGAAAAUUGUUUUAUAGUCUCUUUGUAAAUAUAAAAUAAACAUAAUUGACUUCACACAAAGUA